CGGGUGCAGCAGUGCCUGACUGAGGACCUCGAGCUUGUCCAUUUUCGAUUCAGAAGAAGAAAGAAAAACCCCUUGUUCGAUGUGGACAGAUAUUAGGAGGAAAAUACAAAUGACUCUCUUCCUUACUGGUUUUACUUCCCAUAAAUGAGUCAAAAAUGGGCAAGAGAGACAAUCGCGUGGCUUACGUUAAUCCUAUUGCUGCUGCACGAUCCAGGGGCCCGGUACAGAACUCUGGCCCAACCAUCCAGGAUUAUUUAAGCAGACCUCGGCCAACAUGGGAAGAGUUAAAGGAGCAGCUGGAGAAGAAGAAGAAGGGCUCGCGAGCCUUAGCUGACUUUGAGGACAAAAUGAAUGAGAGAUGGAAGAAAGAGCUGGCAAAGAACCGUGAAAAGCUGAUGGGCGGCAGCGACAAGGACAAAGAAAAAGACAAAAAGGCAACCGAGGUAUGCGAUGCGCCACAUGACAACCAUCUCACUUUAUUAUUCUUUAUCAAUCAUGCUGUGGUUUGUUGUCUCCAGAAAAAGAAGAAGGAGAAGAAGAAGUCCAGUAGGCAUUCUUCAUCUUCUUCCUCCUCCUCAUCGAGUUCUGAUUCCUCCAGCAGCUCCUCUUCAGAAUCUGAAGAUGAAGAUGAGAAGAAGACGGUGAAGAAAAAACGGAAAAGAAAGAGGUCGUCAGCCAGGAGAGCAUCAGAUGGCUCUGAAGCAGAAUCGGAGGCAGAAAGAAAGAAGAAAAAGAAAAGAAUCAAAGAGGAGGAUGAUAAUGAUAAGGAUGACAAGAACCGUCGAAGGAAAAUAAAAACUGAGCGCAAAGACUCCUCCUCCAAGUCUUCUGCAGAGUCGGGCGGAGAAGAGUUUGCUGAAGCCAAAAAGAAAAAGAGAAGUAGUGAAGAAAAGGAGAAAAUCCCAGACAGAUCCAAGAAGAAGAGGAAAAAGAAGCACAAGAAGCACGGCAGGAAAAAGAAGAAGGCGGCGUCUCAAUCCGACCCUGAGCUUGACUAGCUGUGUAACUUCUGCUUUUUGACGACCAGAUUUGGACACAAGACACGAUGGGAUG